GGACGCAGGAUAUUUAUUAAUGACGAAUGGAGUUGAUUCAUCUUUCCACUUCAUGCACGGCGGUGUUGAUUCAACCAACCGCCUGUUGCUCCCGGGAAUAUUUCUGGGGCCCUGUUGUGUGGGUUACUGGUGCAAAAACAAGGUCGACAGGUAUACCGAAUACACACAGAGACUCAAAUGUGAUAUGGACAUUCAAAUUGCUACUGUACGUCAACAAUGUUGAAACAGCUAGUGUCAAGGUUCCUACAACUUAAGUGCAACUCAGAUGUGACAAUGAACAGGGAUGAUGAAAUCUGUUGGUACCAUGGAAAGAUAUCUAGGGAAGCAGCUGAACAGCUUCUGCUCCAAGAAGAUGAAGUGGAAGAUGGCUACUUUUUGGUCCGUGAAAGCAACACAGCUGCAGGGGAUUAUGUGCUGUCAGUUCAGUAUCAAGGACAAAUAAUUCAUUACCAGAUAAGAAGACACAAUGAAGAUGCCUUUUUUUCCAUAGACGAACACACCAUAAUCCAUGGGCUUGAAACUCUCAUAGAGCAUUAUCAAGAAGCUUCACAUGGAUUACUGUGUAAGCUUACAAAAGUGUGUAAGAAGGAUCCACCACCUCAUGAUUCAAGGCGACAUGGAAGGAUGAAUCUUCUUCAUCGAGCCACAAAAGAAGGGAACUAUACAGUUGUAUCUGAACUUCUAAAAUGUGGCUAUCGCAGCCUAGAAGCCAAAAAUCAGGAUGGACAGACAGCUGUUCACCUGGCGAGCCGUAUGGGAAAAGAUGAAAUUCUCAAAAAACUCAUUGAAAGUGGUGCUAACAUAAAUUGUAGGGAUACUGCUGGAUACACUCCAUUGCAUUAUGCAUGUCAGAGCAACCUCCCAAAUACUGUUCGGAUCCUUGUACAGAUUGGUUAUGCAAAUGUACAGGUUCGAAAUACGGAAACAGGCUGGGUUCCUCUCCAUGAAGCAGCAAGCCGUGGUCACAAGGAAGUGGUUCAAGUCUUGCUUUCCCUUAAUGCACCUCUCAGACCGAGAACCUUAGCAAAUGACACUCCUGCUGAUCUAGCUAGAAGGAACAAUCAUAUUGAAUGUGCAAAGAUAUUGUUGAACUAUAAGUGUCCUUUGCCUAAGACACAAAAGAAAGAGUGGUACCAUGGCACAUUAGAUCGAAGUGAAGCAAUUGCUCUUUUGAAAGAGUAUGGUAACAAGGAUGGCACUUUCCUGGUACGAUACAGUGAUCGUAAUGGUGGAAUGUACGUUCUGACUACAGUUCAUGCUGGACAUCCAUAUCACUUUCAGAUUCAGAUAAAGGGAUCUUAUUGUUUCAUUGAUGAUGGCCCAUAUUUGGACUCUCUGGAACAUGUAAUAGAGCACUACAGCACUAUGUCAGAUGGUCUACCUACAACACUGCAGAUUCCUGUUCCUCCAAAACCAAAACCGCCAGUACCUGAAAUGCCAGCAAAUUUUUUGGCACUGAAUGGGUCUGCCACUAUGCCAUGCCGGAAACUGUUGAAGAGGUCUCCAAAUAGGAGUCACAAAGUAUCACCAGUGUCAAGUGCUGCAGCAUCACCUGUAAACAGUAGGCGCGGCUCUCUCAAUUCUGUGCUGCCCAGUUGCAAUGACAUACAGUCUCCUUCAAUUGAAACAAACCAUUGUCUUGAUUUGUUACACUUAAGAUCAAUGAAAGGUCCCGAGCCGCGGCAGCAAGAGCUAAUACCCAGAGAAUCUUUAAAACUGGGUGAAGUUCUUGGUGAAGGGGAAUUUGGUGCAGUCUACCAAGGAACAUACAUGCACCCAGAUGGAACUGUGGAAAAAGUUGCUAUCAAGACUUUACAUCAGGAGCAUGUGGAAAAAAAUCGUGAUGAAUUUUUGCGUGAAGCGAGAGUAAUGAUGAAUCUAAACCAUCAUUGUGUUGUAAGACUUAUAGGAGUCUCCAUGGGGCCACCACUUCUGAUGGUUCAGGAAUUAGUUAAGUUACGUUCAAUGUUAGAAUUUUUGCGGAAUUUCCCUGAGAAAGUUAAUCCAAAUUAUGAGCUUAAAUUAUGGGCCUCCCAAAUUGCUUGUGGUAUGAAAUACCUGGAGGAACAACGAUUUGUCCAUAGAGAUUUAGCAGCAAGAAAUAUCCUUCUUGCUUCAAGACAUCAAGCAAAAAUUAGUGAUUUUGGCCUAUCAAGAGCUUUGGGAGGAGAUCAUGAAUAUUACACAGCAACGCAGGGAGGUAAAUGGCCAAUUAAAUGGUAUGCACCAGAAUCAUGCAAAUACGCAACGUUUUCACACGCUAGUGAUGUGUGGAGCUUUGGGGUGACCUUAUGGGAGAUGUUUUCCUUUGGAAUGCAGCCAUAUGGUGAAUUAAAAGGUACUGAGGUAAUAGAGUUGAUAGAAAGAGGAGAACGUCUUAGCCAGACACCGCACUGUCCAGAUGAGGUCUACAAAAUCAUGAAACGGUGCUGGGAGUAUAAUCCCAAGGAUAGACCCACAUUUAAUGAACUGCUAGAAAUAUUUUCCUCUGAUCCUGAAUAUAUAAAUAUCAAAGAACUUGUAAUGGAAGCAACAAUUGUGUGAAUACUUUAAAGUAAACACAUUAGUGCCAUUUGAGAUUCUUGCUGAUUUUGUAGAAACAUUUUGUAGUUUCUACAUAAUAUGGCAGAAGUGUCAUUAUUGAAAGGUAUUAUUUUUUUAAUUGUAUUUAUAUGUCUAUGAUGGCAGUAUAAGAAUGUCAGCUGGGAGAGGAAGACAAAAGUUAACUGUAGGACUUGUAAUUUAUGAGGUACUGAAACAUAGACUCUCAUAUAUCAUGGAAGUACCAUGGACUUCAGUGUGUUAAGUUCAGUAAUAUUGCUUCUGGCAGUAUACAUCAGACCACUUGAAAUGUUUUAUGGAACAAUGUCAUAAUUUGUCUUCUCAUAUACUCCCAGUAAUUGAAACUAUUGCAUCAUUCACUGAAGAGCAUUUCUGUGAUAAAGUUUCUUAGCUUUAAUAAUGGUACAAUUUUAAAAUUGUACAUAUUGUAAAAUGUUAUUUACAUUUUAGAUAUAUAGUAUAUUUUGGUAUUGUUGCUGCAGAGUCAGAAAUUUAUCCAUUUAUAUUUACAUAAUCCGUAAAAAAUACAAAGAUAAAUAAUCAUUAUUGCAUUCCUGAACUGCAUGUGUGUGUGUGUGUGUGUGUGUGUGUGUGUGUGUGUAAAAGAGGGUGAACCCCAUGAAACAUAAACUGAUGUGUCUUUCCAUAUGCCACCCUUUUAGUGUUCUAUCUUUUCCCUGAUUACUUUCACUGCUGAAAAAACAAAACCAAAAACAAAAGAAAAAACUUUUCUCGCUCUGAUAAAUUGUUAUUCAGGCUUUUCCCUUAGAUUUUUCUAUUCAGUUUUAUCUUUUUCUCGUAAUGUGUGAAAUUAUCAGAGGCCAGUAAGCCAUUACAGUUUGACUUUUUAUGUGCUGAACUAUGUUUCAGUGAUGUACAGGUAAUGCAUGUUAUAGUGUCAGAGUGAGUCUCAUGGCUCUAAAUCAGCCACUUUUUUCACAUCUUUUCUCUGAAGUCUGCUGCUGUAUAUUUUGAAGAAUGAGAGAGAGAGAGAGAGAGAGAGAGAGGCAUUAGUAGAUAAAAGUAUUGAUCUGGGCAUUGAGGUGUACUUGGAUGACUCAGGCAGAUUUUAAUCUGCCAUGGCUUUUAAUUAAUUUUUAUUGGAUUAUAAUAUAUCUUGUGUAGUGUGAAAAAAAUCACAUUGCCAUAUUGUGCACGAUCAGUAAUAAUAAUGAUUGCAUUCCCACCAACUAUACAUACUAUUGUGUUUUUCUGCCCAGUGGCUGAAAAAAUAUCCUCCGUUAAGACAUUGUAUUGUGCCAAUAUGUUUGUCUUUUUGUGACUGAAUGAGUGGAGGUGUAACAUUUUCUUAAGUUGUAGCUUGAUUCUUCUCCUUUGCUUUUUCAUUUAGAGAUUUCAUUGGGAGUACCACCUUGUUACUAACAUUGUUAAUUAUCUGUUGGAAGCAAGAGAUAAAUUUUAACAUAUAAUUGAUAGCUUAUGAUGGUUUGUCUCACCUGCAAGAGUCUGUUUGUUUUUAAAUUUUUCCUUUGCCAAAAGUUGCAAUAUAUGAGCCAUUAAGAUGAGUAUUGUUAAUGCAGUGCAAGUAUUGCAGUAAUAAUUUCUUUUCCAGUAAUAAUAUUCAUUCUGCUUAGGCCAUUGCAACUUAAUUUGUGUGAUUUUUGUAUUGUUUUCAGUUAAUGAACUGAAUCAUUAAAACUGCAUGUUAAUUCUUUGCAGUAGCAAAUAAUUGUCUUUUAUAAGUGUCAGUAUAAAUAUUUUUAUGCCCUUUAUAUUCAACAUGAAACCUUUCUUUCAUGAGGCAGUUUCACAUCUAAAGAUGUUAGUUUUUGUUGUAAUUUUGACUACAUAAUAAAGGAACACAGUAAUAGUCAGAAAGUAUUCUAAUAAUGGUCUGAUUCUCCAACAGUUAUGUGCAACUAUAUUAUAACUGAAGAAUUCUCUGCAUAACCUUUGAAUGAAUUAUUGCGAUGGUACAGGACAACGUUUCAAUAUUUGUGUAAUUCCUUAAAUCAGAUUUAUAGUGAGCAUCACUCGCACUGCAUCAAAUGAUAUGUAUCUGCAAUUUUGAUGGCUUGUGGACAGACCUGUACUUUGCAAAUGAACCAAAAUACAGGGUGGGCCUACAUGUUUUCUUUUUGACAACGAUAGGACUUGCAUAUUUGUGGCUUGUGAUAAUGAAAGAAUAAAGCACUAAGUUUUUAUUACGACAUCAAUAAACUUCAACAAGUGCUCUGUUUGUUGCUCAAAGAAUGUCUAAUUGAUAUUUAUCUCACAACAUACAGCAUUUGACAACAUUCCUUGUGUAACACCAGCAACAGCAUCUGUUAUCCUUCCACUUAAUGUAUCCAGUCAGGUACUUGUGUAGUGUAAACUUUGUCCUUUACAUAUCCCACAAAAAGAAAUCCAAAGGCAUUAUGUCUGGUGAUCUUGCACGCCAGUCAAUGGGACCACAUACCCAAUACACCUUAACAGGAAAUGUUCCAUUAAGAAAACUUGUAACAUGUAGUCUCCAAUGAGGUGGCGCAGCAUCGUGUUGGAACAUCACAUCAAGCUGUGAGUCUCUCAGUUGUGGUUCUGCAGACUGUUCUAAAUAUCCUGACA